CAAGAGGCAACCUCCGCUACUGUAAGCAAGGUGUGGGAAGUUCCCGGUCCCAGGCUCAGCAUGCGGUGCACCAGUCCGGCUGCCCUGGUGACUUUUUGCGCCGGGCUUUGGAUCUCCAACCAUGUGCUGGCACAGGGCCUGGAGGCCGGUGUGCGAUCGAGGGCUGACUGUGAAGUAUGCAAAGAGUUCUUAAACCGAUUCUACAACUCCUUGCUAACCAGAGGAAUAGACUUUUCUGUGGAUACCAUAGAGGAAGAGCUGAUCAGCUUUUGCGCGGACACCAAGGGAAAAGAAAACCGCCUGUGCUAUUAUCUAGGAGCUACCAAAGACUCGGCCACCAAGAUCCUAGGUGAAGUCACUCGUCCCAUGAGUGUACACAUGCCCACGGUGAAGAUUUGUGAGAAGCUGAAGAAGAUGGACAGCCAGAUCUGCGAGCUGAAAUAUGAGAAGAAAUUGGACUUGGAAUCUGUGGACCUGUGGAAAAUGAGGGUUGCAGAGCUGAAGCAGAUCCUUCACAGCUGGGGGGAAGAGUGCAGGGCCUGCGCGGAGAAGCAUGACUACGUGAACCUCAUUAAAGAACUGGCCCCCAAAUACGUAGAGACGCGCCCCCAAACAGAGCUCUGA